AUGGAUGAGAUUGCCGAAAUAGUCCGAGAGAUUGGUCGUCAGCAGGGUGAGAAUGCGUACUAUCGCUCUUGUUACGAGUCCCUCAAACGGUUGCAGGAUUUAGUUGCUGAAGCCUCCGAUGACUUGUCUCAGCUUUAUCAACAUAAUACAUACAAACCGCCUUGCGACAUUCGGGCUCACCAAGUGGCGGACGGACUGCGAAGGGCAAUCGAUGCACUGAUUUUACAAGAACGGAAGGCCCAGCUGGCGUUAAGUGAACUGUAUACUUUCUAA